AUGAUAAAAGACAAUCAACACUUCCGGACAUUAUCUCAAACAUUGGAUCAAUUGAAUGGUCAGAAGAUUACCUCAAAUGCUAGUCAUUAUAACAGUGGAUCUAAUGAUCUCAAGAGUCCAUCAAAUGAUCGACAAUUGAAUGAACGAAGAGAUGAAACACAAGACGUUUGUGAAGACAUGUCUGAAGACUCGGAUGACAGCAAUGGUUGCGAUUUGAGACCAAAUAUCAAAGAAGAGCCGAACGAUAAUUCAGUGGAACCGAUGAAUGCUAUGAAGAGUUUAAUCAAUACUAAACUGCAAUCACUAUUGAAAAAGAGUGUAAUUUCACUGACAUCUCAAUCAGUACCACAAGAGCUGAUCUCCAAAGACAUGAGUGGAAAACAAUUGAUCCCAAGAAGUGAUCGCAAAGUAAUUCAAAAAACCACGAGUAAAGACCCGAUGGAUGUAAUUAAAGCUAAACAACUGACAUCUCAAUCAUCACCACAAGAGCUGGUCUGCGAAGAAAUCAUUGAAGAUAGUAGUGAAGACUCGAUGGAAGACUCGAUGGAAGUAAUGAAAGCAAAACAACAGUUAAAGAAAUUAGAUCUCAAAGAUAGCGACGAAACAUUAAAAAUACACGUAAAGUCAUCGACAUCUCAAUCAACAUCACAACAGAUGGUCAACGAAGAGAUCAUUGGAAACAGUAGUGAAGAAUCGUUGCAAACAAUUACUCGCCAAAUGAGUUAUAAAACUAUACCUAAAAGACACAACAGUUAUGAAUUGGCUGUCAAUGCUUUCGUUUGUGCCAAAAAUGAGUGCAACAAGAGUUAUAAAACGGCUCAAGAACUUCAGCAACACUUUAACUCAGUUCACAGCCCAACAUAUAUAGACAUCCAUAGAAACAGUGGCGUCGAUGCGACCAAUAAAACGACAUCAAAACAAUUGAUCCCAAGAAGUCCUUUAAACAAAACUCACGGAAUAAUAAGUGAAGAAUCGAUGGAAAAAGUGAAAGCAAAAAAACAGUUAAGAAAAUUAGAUGAUAUGAAUAGAAAUAGUAGUGAAAGCACUCAUCCCUACAAAUCUAUAUGUUCUCUCAAUUUUGCCCAAAGACAGCAAUGUUUUGAAGUGAGCAUUAAUUCAUACAUUUGUCCCAUCAAUGAGUGCCACAAGAGGUAUGAAUGCAAUGAUAAAUUUCGUGAUCACUUGAGAACAGCUCACAGCAAAAGACAAUAUGUGUGUCCACACGAAGGCUGUGGCAAAGCAUUUACGAUAAACAAACGCUUAGCUCAACACUCAUUAACUCACAGAACAAUUAAAUCGUUUAAAUGUGAUUAUAAUGGCUGUCAGUAUCGAUGCGUUAGUGAAAAGUAUUUGGCGGCACAUGUGAUGAGACACUCGACAAACAGUGUGUUUAGAUGUGAUGUCAACGGAUGUCAGAAGACAUAUAAGUCAUCGUCUGGUAUCCAUAUCCACCGGCGGUCACACAGAACUGAACCAACGUUUAAGUGCUGUUUCGACGGCUGUAGCGAAAUGUUUCACAAAUUAAAUGAUAGGAACAAACAUCAAGUGAUGGUUCAUAAUCAGCGGCGGAAGUUAAAGGUGAAACGGAAGCGCCGGUGCCAAUGGCCCGGAUGUGAUUGGAUGGGACACCAUCUGCCACUACACGAGAGCAUACACACUGGUUUGAAGCCGUACGCCUGCGAUUGGCCCGAUUGUGGCAAACGGUUCCGCUACGGGAGUGGACUCAGAGAACACAUGAAUGUUCACAACAAUGUUAAGCCACACGCGUGUCAUUGGCCCGGCUGUGAGUAUAGGGCCGCUAAUAGUGAAGACAAUCAACACUUCCGGACAUUAUCUCAAACAUUGGAUCAAUUGAAUGGUCAGAAAAUUACCACAAAUGACAGUCAUAUCAACACAGGAUCUAAUGUUCGAUUGAAGAGUCCAUCAAAUGAUCAACAAUUGAAUGAACGAAGAGAUGAAACACAAGAUAUGACUGAAGACAUGUUUGAAGACUCGGAUGACAGCAAUGGUUGCGAUUUGAGACCAGAUAUCAAAGAAGAACUCAACGAUAAUUCAAUGGAACCGAUGAAUGCAAUGAAGAGUUUAAUCAAUACUAAACUGCAAUCGCUUUUGAAAAAGAGUGUAAUUUCACUGACAUCUCAAUCAUCACCACAAGAGCUGGUCUGCGAAGACAUCAUUGAAAAUAGUAGUGAAGACUCGAUGGAAGUAAUGAAAGCAAAACAACAGUUAAAGAAAUUAGAUUUCAAAAAAGUCUGCGAAGACAUCCAUAGAAACAGUGGCGUCGAUGCGACCAAUAAAACGACAUCAAAACAAUUGAUCCCAAGAAGUCCUUCAAACAAAACUCAUGGAACCAGAAGUGAAGAAUCGGUGGAAAAAGUGAAAGCAAAACAAGCGUUAAGAAAAUUAGAUGAUAUGAAUAGAAAUGGAUUGAGUGGUGAACGCACUCAUCCCUACAAAUCUAUAUGUCCUCUCAGUUUUGCCCAAAGACAGCAAUGUUUAGAAAUGAGCACUAAAUCAUACAUUUGUCCCAUCAAUGAGUGCCACAAGAGUUAUGAAUGCAAUGAUAAGUUUCGUGAUCACUUGAGAACAGCUCACAGCCAAAGACAAUAUGUGUGUCCACACGAAGGUUGCGGUAAAAUAUUUGGAUUAGACUCGCGCUUAACCGCACACUUAAUAACUCACAGAACAAUUAAAUCGUUUAAUUGUAAUUAUAAUGGCUGUCAGUUUCGUACUGUUAGUGAAAAGUAUUUGGCGGCACAUGUGAUGAGACACUCGACGGACAGACAGUUUAGAUGUGAUGUCAACGGAUGUCAGAAGAUAUAUAAGUCAGCCUCUGGUAUAGAUAUCCACCGGCGGUCACACAGAACUGAACCGACGUUUAAGUGCUGUUUCGACUGCUGUAGCGAAAAGUUUCACAAAUUACACGAUCGGAUCAAACAUCAGGUGAUGGUUCAUAACCAGCGGCGGAAGUUUCAUGUGGAGCCUAAGCGCCGGUGCCAAUGGCCCGGAUGUGAUUGGAGGGGAACCCAUGUGAAUCAUCACAUGCGCUUACAUACCGGUGAAAAGCCGUUCUCUUGCGAUUGGCCGGAUUGUGGUAAACGGUUUCGCACCACUACUAGACUCAAAGAGCACAUGAAUAUUCACAACAAUGUUAAGCCAUAUGCGUGUCAUUGGCCCGGAUGUGAGUAUAGGGCCGCUAAUAGUCCUAAUUCCAACUUCUCUAUAAUGAACGGUCAGUUGCACGACAAAAGUGUUCAUUAUAGGGAGGGUUCAUCCAGCGGGAGAUAUUUGUGUCGAGAGCUGAUCCCAAGAAGUGAAGACAAUCAACACUUCCGGUCAUUAUCUCAAACAUUGGAUCAAUUGAAUGGUCAGAAGAGUACCACGAAUGACAGUCAUAUCAACACCGGAUCUAAUGCUAAAAAAUUAAGACCAAAACGACUUACAUCUCAAGAAGUGAUUGAAUCAAACGAAGACACCAUUAGUGAAGACUCGGAUCAAAGUUACGGCAAAUCCAUUAAAAAUAAGCGCAAAUACACUAAAAGACAGCCAAAAGUGUCCACAAAAGCGAAAACAAAACCAUCGAUAUCUCUAGAUAUCAGUCAUACCAACACUGGAUUUAAUGAUCUCAAGAGUCCAUCAAAUGAUCAACAAUUGGAUCAAUCAAGCGAUGAAACACAAGACGUUUGUGAAGACAUGUUUGAAGACUCGGAUGACAGCAAUGGUUGCGAUUUGAGACCAAAUAUCAAAGAAGAACUAAAAGACAAUUCAGUGGAACCGAUGAAUGCAAUGAAGAGUUUAAUCAAUACUAAACUGCAAUCGCUAUUGAAAAAGAGUGUAAUUUCACUGACAUCUCAGUCAUCACCACAAGAACUGAUCUGCAAAGACAUGAGUGGAAAACAAUUGAUCCCAAGAAGUGGUCGAAAAGUAAUUCAUAAAACCAGAAGUAAAGACCCGAUGGAUUUGCGAUCAAACUAUUAA